AUGAGUUUACCACAAGUGACAGCCUCUUCUGGGCAGGAUCCCCCUGUUGAUCCACAGCCUCAAAAUUCACAAUACAGUCAAUUCGAAUGUCUUGGUACUCCCUCUGGACUUACCCUUACCCGCAACGAAAUUAAUCGCCUUAUCCUCGAAUACCUCAUUGUUGAGGGCUAUAAGGAUGCGGCAGAGAAGUUCCAACUUGAAAUCGGCAUGGAAGAGCCUUUAUCAAAUGUCCAUUCAACUGGUGCUAGUUUAAAGGAGAGGAUGGAAAUUCGUGAGGCUGUCUUAAGCCGCCGGAUUGAGUAUACUAUUGAUCGAGUUAACCAAUUAUGGCCUGAAUUAUUUGAAAAUAACCCGUACAUUUAUUUUCAGCUACGCCAAUUGGAAAUGUUGGAGUUGAUUCGAGUUGGGAAUUUAGAGAAGGCUUUAACCUUCGCGCAGACUCAUCUAGCCGGAUCUCUUCAUAACCGCCUUGAACAAUUUCCACAGCUACUUCAAGAAGUUGAGAAUACUAUGGCCUUAAUUGCUUUCUCAGAUCCAAUUAACAGCGCUUACGGUUCCCUGCUAGAUUCUCGUCAUGUUGAACUCGUAGCUGGAGCCUUAAACCGCGCAAUUCUUUGGCAUAUCGAGAGCAACGGUGGUGAAGGUGAUUCGACCUUCACCGACAACGUGAAUGGAAAGUCUGCUUCUGGAUCUCCACUCUCUAAGGGGACCUGUCAUGCGAAUUCGGCGACAGUCCCCCGGUUGACCAAAUUGGUUGCUAUGCUCUUGCGUUUCCGUAACAUCUCUGAGUCUGAAUUAACCAAAGAACUUGACUCGAUUUAG